AUGGGGUUCCAUGAGAGAUGGAUUAGGUGGAUAAGGAGUUGCCUCACCUCAGCUUCUAUAUCUAUCAUUGGGAAUGGCAGUUCAACCACUGAAUUCAAGCCUCAAAGAGGGUUGAGACAAGGGGAUCCAACCACUGAAGAGAUAGAUUGCAUAAAGAAAAGGUCAAGGAUCAUAGUAAAUGCAUGUGCAAUAGGGAGAGAUCCUAAGGUUUGGUCAGAUAAUGUUGAGGUGUUUUAUCUUGAGAGAUUUGCCAAUAGCAACGUGGACAUGAGGGGAUAUGACUUUCGACUUUUACCAUUUGGUUCUGGUCAUAGAGGCUGCCCUGGGAUUCAUUUGGGUCUAACUACUGUUAAGAUUGUUCUAGCUCAAUUAGUGCACUGCUUCAAUUGGGAACUUCCAUUAGGCAUGUCCCCUGAUGACUUGGACAUGACUGAGAAAUUUGGCCUCACAAUUCCAAGAAGUAAUCACUUGCUAGUUGUGCCAACUUACCGACUAGUUGGUGAUGUUGGAAAAGAAUAA